CUUUACCCUGUCUAUUCAUUGCUGUUAUGACUGUACAUAUUUAAUACAUACAGCGAGGGAGAGAGAAAGCGAUGAUGUGAGGCACUGCUGGAGAAGAGAAGAUGAUAAGGAAAUAAAACAGGUGUCUGGGAAGGGUUGCUGUUAGAGAAGGAAGAACUGAGCAUUAAUAGCCAUCAUUCAGAUGGGCAGGAGUUCUCUGCAGGUAGCAGACAGGAAAAGCGAACUCGUGCACCCUCUUUGGGGACAGGCUCUGUUGCUUUCUAUUUCUUCUCUUGCAGCCAGGGUACACAUUUACUUGAAACAGACUGUUAUUUCCUGUUCGGUGGCUGGUCAGGUUGACUCUUGAAGACUAGUGAACAUUUCUAAUGUAUCUUAUGCCUUUUUUUUUUUUUUUUUUUUUUUUUUUUUUGAGGUUGAGUAGGGAAGAGAUCUGUUGAAAUUCUAGCUGGGUAAGUGGGGGAUUCUCAGAAAUGAGAAAGGGGGAAGGAAACCGAUGUAGAAGCCGGAGAGCACAGCAGCAGCCCGAGACCCCCCUACCCCCCGCCUCCACUACUCUCGGCCCGCGACCUCCCGCGGAGACCCCAGGCGGCUGCAUCAAUAUUUGAUCGACCCUUCGCCCGAGCGCGCGUUGCCAGCACUCGCCGGUGGGGCUUGCCUGGCAUCGCCCGCGCUGCGCUGUAGCGCCGGGGCCCGCAGGGGGCUUUGGAAGGACCAGCUCUGCGCUCGCCCCCUCGCCAGGGCGGCUCUGCUUCGCGGCAGGGGCGCGGCGCCCACCAUGCGGGGCUGCCCGCGGCUGGCGCUGCUCUGUGCGCUGCUGCCCUGGCUCCUGCGGGCGGCGGCACCCCCGCGCCCCGCGCAACCCCUGGCGCGCGGAGACCCCCGCGACCCCGCCAGGGGCGCCGAUUUCGAUCGCGUCUACAGCGGGGUGGUGAGCCUCAGCACCGAGAACAUCUACUCCUUCAACUACACCAGCCAGCCUGGCCAGGUGAAUGCUGUGCGGGUAUAUGUGAACAGUUCCUCCGAGAACCUCGACUACCCAGUCCUCGUUGUGGUUCGCCAGCAAAAAGCGGUGCUGUCCUGGCAGGUUCCUCUGCUCUUCCAAGGACUAUACCAGAGGAGUUACAACUACCAGGAAGUGAGCCGCACCUUAUGUCCCUCCGAAGCAACCAAUGAAACAGGACCUCUGGAGCAACUGAUAUUUGUAGAUGUAGCCUCCAUGGCACCCCUGGGGGCCCAGUACAAACUGCUGGUUACCAAGAUCCAGCACUUCCAGCUACAGACAAAUGUUGCCUUUCACUUCACUGCCAGCCCCUCUCAACCUCAGUAUUUUCUAUACAAAUUUCCUGAUGAUGUGGACUCAGUUAUUAUUAAAGUCAGGUCUGAAAUGGCUUAUCCAUGUUCUGUUGUCUCAGUCCAGAAUAUCAUGUGCCCAGUAUAUGAUCUCGACCACAAUGUGGAAUUUAAUGGUGUCUAUCAGUCCAUGACCAAGAAAGCUGCCAUUACACUGCAGAAGAAGGAUUUUCCAGGCGAGCAGUUCUUCGUGGUAUUUGUGAUAAAGCCUGAAGAUUAUGCCUGUGGAGGAUCUUUCUUUAUCCAGGAAAAGGAGAACCAAACCUGGAAUCUACAACGAGCAAAGAACCUUAAAGUGACCAUUGUUCCUUCCAUUAAAGAAACUAUUUAUGUGAAAUCCAUCCUUCUCAGUUUCCUCAUCUUCUUCUCCUUCUACUUGGGAUGCCUGCUUAUUGCGUUUGUUCAUUAUAUCAGAUUUCAAAGAAAAUCCAUUGAUGGAAGCUUUGGUUCCAGUGAUGGCUCUGGAAAUAUGGCGGUGUCACAUCCCAUUGCUGCCAGCACCCCUGAAGGAAGCAAUUAUGGGGCAAUAGAGGAGUCAAGCUCCAGUCCUGGCAGGCAGAUGUCCUCCUCCGAUGGUGGGCAGCCAUGCCAGUCGGACACAGACAGCUCUGUGGAGGAGAGUGACUUCGACACCAUGCCAGACAUUGAGAGUGAUAAGAACAUCAUCCGGACCAAGAUGUUCCUUUACCUGUCAGAUCUGUCCAGGAAGGACCGGAGGAUUGUCAGCAAAAAAUAUAAAAUUUAUUUCUGGAACAUCAUCACCAUUGCUGUGUUUUAUGCACUGCCUGUGAUCCAGUUGGUCAUCACCUACCAGACAGUGGUGAAUGUCACAGGCAAUCAGGACAUCUGCUACUACAACUUCCUCUGUGCUCACCCAUUGGGCGUCCUGAGUGCCUUCAACAACAUUCUCAGUAACCUGGGCCACGUGCUCCUGGGCUUCCUCUUCCUGCUGAUAGUCUUGCGCCGAGACAUUCUCCAUCGCAGAGCCCUAGAAGCCAAGGACAUCUUUGCCAUGGAUUAUGGGAUUCCUAAACACUUUGGUGUUUUCUAUGCUAUGGGCAUCGCGUUGAUGAUGGAAGGAGUGCUCAGUGCUUGUUACCAUGUCUGUCCUAAUUACUCCAACUUCCAAUUUGACACCUCCUUCAUGUACAUGAUCGCCGGCCUCUGCAUGCUGAAGCUCUACCAGACCCGCCACCCAGACAUCAAUGCCAGCGCCUAUGCUGCCUACGCCUCCUUCGCGGUGGUCAUCACGCUCACUGUCCUCGGAGUGGUGUUUGGAAAAAACGACCUGUGGUUCUGGAUCAUCUUCUCCGCAAUCCAUAUCUUGGCAUCUCUAGCCCUUAGCACCCAGAUCUACUACAUGGGUCGUUUCAAGAUAGAUGUGUCUGACACAGAUCUGGGGAUUUUCCGAAGGGCCGCUAUGGUGUUCUACACGGACUUCGUCCAGCAGUGCAGCCGGCCUCUGUAUAUGGAUAGAAUGGUGUUGCUCAUCGUGGGGAAUCUGGUUAACUGGUCCUUCGCCCUCUUUGGACUGAUCUAUCGACCCCGGGACUUCGCUUCCUACAUGCUGGGGAUCUUCAUCUGUAACCUGCUGCUCUACCUGGCCUUUUACAUCAUCAUGAAGCUCCGCAGCUCGGAGAAGCUCCUCCCCAUCCCGCUCUUCUGCAUCGUGGCCACGGCUGUGGUGUGGGCCUCCGCUCUGUACUUUUUCUUCCAGAAUCUCAGCAGCUGGGAGGGAACCCCAGCCGAAUCCCGGGAGAAGAACCGGGAGUGUAUCCUGCUCGAUUUCUUUGAUGACCAUGACAUCUGGCACUUCCUCUCUGCCACAGCCCUGUUUUUCUCAUUCUUGGUUUUGUUAACCCUGGAUGAUGACCUGGACGUGGUUCGGAGGGACCAGAUCCCUGUCUUCUGAGCCUCCAGCACUAAGAAAGGGAGGGGGAGCAAUCGAUCUCGGUGCUGUUUCAUGAAAAUACAGGGACCGCAGCAAAGUCACCACUGCCAAAUGCUCCACUCACCUCGUCAGGUCAACUUGGUGUGCGCUCACACAGGGAGGACAGGGGCAGGAGGGAGAUUCAAACCUGCAAGAAGGGAGGCGGAGGGGAAGCCACGGGUCUGGACAGAGGCAAUCCCUGAAGAGUCUAGAGACACCCAUCCCCCUGUGUUUGCAGCCCUGAGCUAAACGUGGACACAAGCUGCAUCCAAGUCAACUCUGUCUUGGGACCCCUCCCGCCCUCCUCUGAGACUCGACGGCAAGGACAGAGUGAUGCUGCCCUCUUCUGUCCAGCUGCCUCCAGGCCCGGAGAGGCCAGCAGCUCAGAUCUCCUGCCCAAACACUUUUUAGAUGGGCCCCCUUCGCACCCCCACGAUAUCUGCUGCUUGACACAUCCUAGAGCACCAGCUCGCUUCUCCAGAGUCCAGGGGUGAUACAGCUCCUCAGAGUCUGGUGGAGGGCUGAACCCACGCCCUAGGGCUUAGUAGGACCAGCUAGUCACCUCCUUGAAAGGAAUGCUGUAUGCGUCCCCCAGGUUCCUGACCCCAUUAGAAGGGCUCUGGAUUGGGCUUUGUCACGCACUCGUCCUAACAGGUAACUGUUUCCAGGACCAAGGCUUGGGUGCUCACCUACUUGUUAGUGUCUUCAUGCCACCGCUGUGUGUUGACCCCACAACUCAGGUUCUACUUUCCUGGGUUAGGCCCCGGCGUUCUCUCACCAGCUCCAAAAACUCUUCUAGCAGCAGAAGGAGUGAGAGAAAUGACCGACAGGGCUAAGAGACUGGUGGCAUCAGCCUCCAGCAAACAGACCUCACCCUAAGGAAGUGGGUGCCUAGAGCACAUGCAGCAAAGCUGAAACUGCCUCCUCGAGCGUCCAACUCUAACAGCUCGAUUCUGUGCCCAUGUCACCUGUGGGGAAUAAAUAAUUGUUCAAACCAGGGAUGCUGCAUUGGGGGUCCUCUGCCACCGACCAAGCCCCUUACCUGUCACUUGAGGCAGGUUAGGGCCUCCAGAUUUUCUCUCUGAAGUUCUCUGGAAGUAACUCUCAGGAUGAACACAUUUUACUCAUCCUCUUGAGUUGCAAAGAGCAAGCUGAUUGAGGAUUGCUUCUUGGUUGCACCGGAUUCUCAUUCUCUCACCAGUAAGGUGCUGCAAAGCCCACUUCACUGCCACCGUCUGACAUCUCUGCCCCUGCCACGCCCCAUUUGGACCACGCACCCGUGGUACCUGGAGGAAGAUGUAAUCAGAAAAGAGACAUAUGAAUGUGCACCCUAUAUAUAUUUGCCUGUGAAGUUGAAGUCACCUGUCACCUCUGCUUUCCUGAUCGUUCAUUAGGGAAAUGGAUCAGGCGUCCUUUUUGUUUAAAAAAGUAUUACUCUGUCUCUAAAAUAUUUGUAUAAUGUUCAAAGUCACAUUGCAGAAGUUUCAAUAGCAAACUUUUCCGGAUUUUAAAAACACAAAGAUGCUUUUAAUGAAACUUUUUGUGAUUUUCUUUUCUAAAAUGUUCCCAAACCUAUCAUUGCUUUUCUACUAUUCUUCCUUCCUUAAAAACUGUUGGCUUCCAUAGGCUACAUAAAGGCCACCUAUAAAAAUAGUUGUGAUAGUCUAACAUCUAAAACAAAUUUCAAAUCCAUUUAAUAAUGGCUCAUUUGACCUAAUUCUUUUAUUUUAAUGCACUGAUGGCUUCAAUAAAAAAAAAAAAAAAAAAAGGUGCACUAAGGAAAUGUGGACAAAGUCUGUUCAAGUGGCCCUGUGGCCCAAAGUUAAUAAAUUGUGAGAUGCGUUA